CUUGUGUAAAGACAAGCAAGUAAAAAUUUAAGUCUUUUAAUAGAACAUAUUAUAGUUGUAUUCGACGAUAUUAGACUAAACAGUGUAUCAAUGCCAUCAAAAAAGAAAAAGUACAAUGCACGGUUUCCAGCGGGUCGCAUUAAGAAAAUUAUGCAGAGUGAUGAGGAAAUUGGUAAGGUUGCACAGGCGGUACCUGUUAUCAUAUCACGGACUUUGGAGCUAUUUGUGGAGUCGCUUUUAACUAAAACUCUGCGUAUAACAAAUUCACGAAAUGCUAAGACCUUAUCGCCAUCCCAUAUGAAACAGUGCAUUAUGUCUGAACAACGAUUCGAUUUUUUGAAAGAGCUAGUAAGAAAUAUACCAGAUAUCAGUGUCGCCGAAGAAGCUGCGUUUAACUAUAAUGACGAUGAUGUACAGAGCUCCGAAGAACAAUACCCAGACUCGGAUACACCAUAUGAUUUAAGUCUGCCGUCGACUUCACUGCGACUGUUGCCCAAUGGAAACAAUUCUUACAUGCGCUCUAUUAGUUUAAAUGGAGGUGGGCAAAAGCGAAACUACAAUCCCUCUACGCCCUCAGUUGUAAUGCAAACAGCCCCAGCGCUUGCACAGAUUCAUCAUCAGACUGGUCCUUUGCCCACAAAGUUAGCACGGUCUGAGUCAAUGCCUAUAUACACAUCGCGUGGUAGGUCCAACGACACCAAUGACCACAAUAAUAGACUACCACUAGACACUGCCAUAGCUCCACCGAUAUGCGAUUAUGAGUUGCUCAACAAGCCUAUAGUAAAAAUCGAUUAUAGCAACGUUCAAAUGACAACGACAACAUCAUGCCCAUCAGGCGAUGAUAAUGGCAUUAGAUCAACUGCCAUGUUAAACCUUAAUAUUGCACCUCCAGUUAUAAACAUUGAUCUUACAAAUAUUGUGACAACUGGUGCGCUGCCCGCUCCAACGAAGAUUAGUUAUGAAAUAAUGUCUUCAGAUAAAACCAACAUAAAUGGAAACAAUGACAAUUCAAUCUCUAAAUUUGGAUCGUCUGUCAAUUAUAUCGAUGAAAUGAGCAAAACUCCAAGCAUUCCAAGGCCCACUUCGGCAUCAGCGCCAAUAACCGAAUCGCUUUUCGAAUUAGAUGAAGACUAUGACAACAUUUAAGUAGAAUUUGUAUAAAUGCGUUUUUAAAUUAUUACAAUACUAUGUACUUUAGGUUUAAGUAAGCAAUAAUUUUA